GAGAGUCACAGUCGUGAGUGGUGAGUUGUGGUGCACAUCUUGAUCAGCGUGUCAGCAUACCAUCACAUCCUCGUUCCGAUUCAUGAACUUUGCACUUGCAACUCUCAUCGCCGCCAAUCCCACUUGCUGCUGCGCCUUCUGGCACUGAACAAGCUUCCAGCGAAGCACCGUUAUGGCUUCCAAGAAGCGGGCGCGUAGUGGUCAACAGCUUGCAUACACGGCUGGGGAGUCGGGCGCAUCCUCUGGUGCCACUACAGCAGCAACGGCAUCCCCUCACGGCAGUCCAAUUCCAGGCUCUAGUAGAAACACUGCAGCCGGACCUUCCAACCCUCCGCAUGCGGCUCAAAAUCAGCCAAAACCUCGCACAUCAAGCGGCAAGCUGUCCACCUCUGCCGAUCCUUCUUCCUACUGGUCUUGGUGCGCAUCGACCAACGCGUCGGGAGGUCCAUUGGUCAAGACGAACGAAGACUUGAACAGUUGGCAAGACAGGUUUUGGGAGAGGCAGAUGAGGGCUGUAGAGGUGGAGAGCAGCAGCCUGGCCCUGCAGCAAAGACUUCCUCAGGAAGGGGCCGAGAUGGAGGGUGCACCACUUUUACCGGCUUCUGCUGGGGAUAGAAUUGCAGCAGGACCUUGCUCCUUCAAUCCGGAUGGAUUCAAACCGGGACCGGGACAGCUACCGCUGGCUAGGAUAAAAAAGGUGAUGAAGGCGGAUGACGAGAUCAAGAUGAUUUCUGCGGAAGCGCCCAUCAUCUUUGCCCGCGCUUGUGAAGUCUUCAUAUCCGAUCUGACCUGCCGAGCAUACCUGGAAGCGACAUCUCAUAAGCGAAGGACGAUUACACGAUCAGACGUUUCUGCUGCGAUUCGCCGUUCGGACCUUUUUGACUUUCUAAUCGACGUCGCGCCUAGAAGCAGACCUAAAAGUCCCUCGGCAUCGGGCAACAACGCCACAGCUGAAAUGCCCACGACCGAAGAUCUACACUUGCAUCAAACCCAACCGGAACAAGUUGAAGAGAUUGGCCUCAACGAUAUAAGCUAAUUUCAGAAACCAAAUUGCCUGGUAAUACGGAUGCUGUGCAAGAAGCUUAUACUGAACAACAAUGUACAAAUACAACGGACAUCAUUGAACCAUAGACGUGCUCCAAGAUUCGAGUUCGUCUGGACAAAUUACCGCGGGCGAGCAUCUUCUGUGCCUGUGCGCGCUUACGCAUCUGGCGCGUCCCAUUUCAGCUCAUGCUCAUGAGCCUCGCCAGGGU